AUGUAUUUGAAUAGUCUUCACAAAACGCUGAAGUAUAGUAUAUUUUCAGACGUUUUAUCACAAAUUAAAUCUCUUGGUCCGAAUAUCAGACAAACGUUUGUCCGAACCGACUAUCAUUCGGCACAAACAAUUCUGUCGUGGCUGGAAAUAUCAAAAGAAACAAAUAUAAAUGUAAAACGUAUGGACUUUUAUGAUCCGCAGGGUAGUAAAGGGCUAUGUGAUCAGUAUUCGGCAAUUAUCAAACGUCAUAGUCGUCGUUAUUUAAAUGAGGGGCAUGAUCAUAAUGUCACAACUGCGGCUGAAUUUGAUAAAGCAUAUGAAACUAAAUCAUCAUAUCAAUUUCCAAAAGUAGUUGCAGUAAAUUUCGUCAACAAUUUAUUAUUUGAUUCUACCGGCGUACGCUUUCAUCGUUCAUGGCUAAUAGGCCGUGGUAAAACAAUAUCGUGGAAUGGUUUGAAUUGUCAAAAAAAAAUACCAAAAAUUAAAUUUGUGAAUGUAUCGUCUUCAUCUUCACAACAGUGGGGUCAAAUACAAUACCGAGAAACCGAAGUCUCGAAAUUAGAAAAAGUUGAUGAACGAGAAAUGAUCUCUAUCUCCCUUCAAUUACUCCGUCAACAACAAUGUUCAUCAUUACCUCAUAUUAUAUUACCGCAAGGAUGGGCUCUAUCAAAACGACGAAAAAAAAAUAUUCGCUGGACACCAGAGACUGCUGCAGGUGAAGUGGAACCUGCAACCGAUGAACAUGGUCAUCUUCUAUUCGGUGCUGAUGAAUUCCUGAAACUACAACAAAUUAGAUAG